CACACACAAAAAAAACCCAUCAUCAUCCGUUGACAAGACGAAGACGACGACAACGACUACGUUCAAAGUUUGAAGAAGAGCUGCACAAUAUUCCCCCCGUGGUUCUGGCCAGAAAAAAAAAACGAAUCGAAAAAAAAACCUUAAAAUAAAAGUUCAUCCAUGGUGGAGUCUGCUGAACUCUCUGAAUAUAAAAAAUAAUUUUCAUCAUUUCGGUCUUCUCUUCGCUAGCUGACGACACGACGGCUUUAUAAUAUUAUUGGUGUGUGCGAGUUUAAUCUCUACAAAAAAAAGUAAAAAGAAAAACCAAAAAUAAAACAAAUCGGUCUUUGGUUUUUCCUCCAAAAAAAAGAAUCAGAAAUAAAAUUAUUCAAUUUACAUCUCUCCAAAUCGAUUGAGAGUGUGUGAAAAAUUAUUAUAAUAUAGAUCCGGAGUUUUUUCCGCGACGAGAUUGUGUCUCUGAAAGAUUUUCCACCACAAAUUUUCUUUCAGAUUCUUGGUUGUUCAUCUUUUUGUGUACACGGGUGCAAUUUUUUCUCUUCUUUUUCUAUUUCUUUACUUUUGGGUAAAAUUCUAUGUGUUCUUCUUGAUUUGUCGUUGUGGGUUCUUUUCCUUGUGAUUCGCUCUGUAAAAUUGUAUUAAAAAAACAAAUUGAAAAACGAUAAGAUCUUUCCUCAAAACCACACCAAAAAACCGACUCGACUUGACACCACACCCUUUGCGUAGGCUUCUUCUCUUAUUCGAGUUGAAGAAGUGUGAAUCCUUCCCAAAAAAAAAAAAGACUUUAAAGUGGCAUCUUCUAUUGAAUUUUUAUUUCGGGGUUUCUCGUUGUUUCCACUAAAAAAAAACCAAAGUGUCUCUGUCCUUUGCCGAGAGAUUCAAAGUGCAAAUAAUUGCCGGUAGCACCUUGCACUUUAUUCGCUUUUGUUCGCCUUCCUCCAACCAACUCUUCUCUCCUCAUUCUUUUCUAAUACAAUUAACUUGAAAAAUUCCGUGAAUUAACAAAAUUACGACAUCCUUUUUUUUCUGUAGAGGAAAGAAAAGUGGGAAAACAUUUUUCAUUGUCGACGUCCGAGAGAAUCGACCGGAGAACGCGACGUGUCGCUAUAUUGCUCUUUAAGCUAUCGAUGAGUUCUUUCAUCGUCUGUCGGGGCUGUGUGUUGUUCCUUAUUCGACUCGACUCGACUCGACUCCCAUUUGAACACUUCUCGGGGUGUGAAAAUAUAAUCCAUUAGUGACAUAAACCACCCACUAUUUGCCACUGCUGUGUGUUGCCCCACAAAGCAAGAAGCAUACCACACUUUUUCUCGUCUCUAGAAACGCCGGUUUCGUAUCUCGUUUUUUUGUGUAGUGUUUCGCAAAGGUGGAUUCUGUGCUGCCUCCUUUUGGAGCUAAGGAUUCGUUUUAUUCUGUGAGAGAUGAGAGUUCGUCUUGAUCGUCCUUGUGAGUGAGUGAGAGUUGGUCGUCGUCAUUUGUGUCGUGUCGUGUAUGCGUCGUUGCUUGCUUCCGUUCUUGGUUAAAUAUCUAUUUUGUAUUUGUUGUUGUUGUCUAUAUUCUGAUGGUUGCCCUUCGUUGAUUGAUGUACAUUCGAGUGCGCCACACAACCAGAGAAAAUCACAUGCUGUGUGAGUUUAUGAGCACUGAAAAUUGAAAGUUUAUUUCUUUUUUUUUUCUAUGUUCUAUCUUCCUGAUUAUUGUGAAGAAAGAAAAUACAAAAACUAAUAUCAUCUCCUUCUCCUCAUCCAGGAAGUGUGUGAGUUUUUCAGCAUCGUUGGAUAAGACAAAAAAAUAAAAGCAUGCAGGAGCUGAUUUAAAGAUACUUAAAUACGCCUCCAAUUUUUUAUAAUCUUGCCUCCCGUCUACAAAGCAUUGCCGUGAUUGUUGCCGCACAAAAAAGUUAAUUAACAAAAUUUUCGCAUACAACUAAAAAUACAAAGAACAAAACAACAAAAUCAACACACACAAAAAGAAGAAAAACUAAAAUAAAAAUAAAUAAAAUUUCUCACGAAAAUUAACAAUAAUUCUCCAGAGAAGUUCUCUUCACGCGCGGGUAAUUUCUGCAAAGAAACAAAACAACAAAUCAAAUCGUGUUUUUCGGUUUCGGUGUAUAAUUUAAAAAUUUUCUUCUUAAUGCAGUCGUGCAAAAGUUAAUAAAUAAAAUAAAAAAUCAAGAAAAAUUGUAGAAAACGAAAAAAAAAAUAAAUUUAGAAAAUCUUCUCAUUGCCGUCAUCAUUUCUCAUCUCGUCAAAACGAAUUAAAAAGCGUCCGUCUUCGUCGUCAUCGUAAUCGUGUCGUUUGUGUCGGAAAGUGUCUAGCAUUUCUAUAAAAACACAAGCUUCAAAGUCAAAAAUCGCCUACAAGUAAUUAUAGAAAAACAAAUAAAAAAAAAGCGCACCGAGGAAAAUCCAACUCUAAUUAGCACCCACAUUGUGUUGGCUGUGUAUUUUGUUGAUGGAAAAUUUCAGCUUCACAAAUCUCCUAGGUAUCAUCAUCAUCGUCGUCGUCAAAAAUGAAAUAUUUUUAAUUAAUUUCUUUAAUUGCUGCCGUCGUUGUUGUUGUUCCAGUUGUUGUUGUAGUUCUUGUUGCUGUUGUGCUGCGUGUUAUCGUGGUGCAACAAUAAUAAUUAAAAGUGAAAAACGUUCGUUUUCAACAACAACUACAUCGUCGUUGUUUUUCUACUCUAGCCUCAAUUACUUCCCAGAACAGCAACACUCUUCGCUGUUGUUGUUGUUGUUGCUUGUUAAAGUGCAAUCAAUUAUUAAUUUUAUUUCUUUGUUUCAACAAAAGCGACAUCUAACGAGAGGUAUUCUAAAUAAUCAUCAAACCGAAGAAGCUCACUUCCCCAAACAAUUAAAUUAAAAAAAAAAAAAAACAAAAUACGAAAAUCCAAUAACACAUUUAAAAAAAAAAACUAAGAAGAAAAAAAAAGAGAAAAUUGUUUCGAACCGUCAAAGCGAUUUAAUAAAAAACCGCCAACCUGGAACUAAUGGAAUUAGAGAACAUUGUGGCCAAUACGGUCUACUUGAAAGCAAGAGAAGGCGGAUCUGACAGCAACAAAGGAAAGAGUAAAAAAUGGCGAAAAAUAUUACAAUUUCCGCACAUAUCGCAAUGUAUACACCUCAAAGACAAAUUAGAUAUAAGUUAUGGUUACGUCAUAGACCAACAACCAAUCGGACGAAUAUUAUUUCGACAAUUUUGUGAAAACAAACGUCCAAUUUAUUACAGAUACAUUUCGUUCCUGGAUCAGGUGCAAAGUAAUCAUAUUAUUUCUAGAUACGAAGUUGAAUACGAUGAACAUCGUAUUGCUAUUGCCAAAGAAAUUGGUCGGCGGUUUCUUGUGAUCGAUGUUGGUUCGACGGACACAAUUGAUGGCAAUAAUACAACAACAACAACAACAGCAUCACCAACAUCUCCUGAAGCUACAACCCAACAAACAGAGACUGACAGCAAUCAUCAUAAACGUCAAACAAAACAUCAUAUCGAUGCGUCUGACACUUGCAAUCAUAAUGGAGGUGGAGGUGGUGGAGAAGAACACAAUGGUGUUGCUACUGAUGACAGUGGCGGUGGUGGUGGUUGUGAUAGUGGGGGUGGAGGAGUUGUGGAAACAACCACAAAUAACACUGAUAAAAAUAACAUCUCAUAUUGGGAAAGCAACAAAGAGAACUUCAAUGACUGUCAUAAAAACUCCGCCACAAUGAUGUCAAAUAGCAAAGGUGUUUUUCGUUAUGGAAAUGACGAUCAUGUCCUUGAUGUGCUUAAUGAUGAUCUAAUUGCCAGAGUGAGGGAUAAAAUAACAAGUGGCAGUAAGGAACUGUUUGAGCCGUGUGUCAAUGCUGUCAAAUCAUUUUUAGCUGGCGAACCAUUCCGAGAAUUUGAGACUUCCAUGUAUUUUCAUCGAUAUUUACAAUGGAAAUGGUUGGAAGCACAACCUGUAACAUAUAAAACAUUUCGUAUGUAUCGUGUCCUUGGUAAAGGAGGAUUCGGUGAAGUCUGUGCAUGUCAGGUACGUGCAACAGGCAAAAUGUAUGCAUGCAAAAAAUUAGAAAAAAAACGUAUCAAAAAACGAAAAGGCGAAUCGAUGGUUUUAAUAGAAAAACAAAUUUUACAAAAAAUCAAUUCACGUUUUGUUGUUAAUCUGGCGUAUGCGUAUGAAACAAAAGAUGCUUUGUGUUUAGUUUUAACAAUUAUGAAUGGUGGUGAUUUGAAAUUUCACAUUUACAAUAUGGGAGGCGAUCCGGGAUUCGAAUUACUGAGAGCCAGAUUCUAUGCAGCCGAAGUGGUCUGCGGAUUGGAGCACCUCCAUCAACAGGGCAUUGUCUAUAGAGAUUGCAAGCCAGAGAAUAUUCUGCUGGACGACCAUGGUCAUGUGAGGAUAUCCGAUCUGGGUUUGGCAGUUGAAAUACCAGAAGGCGAGAUGGUUCGAGGACGUGUCGGGACCGUGGGAUAUAUGGCGCCUGAAGUUAUCGACAAUGAUAAAUACUCAUUCUCGCCAGAUUGGUUUAGCUUUGGAUGUUUAUUGUAUGAAAUGAUUGAAGGACAAGCACCUUUUCGAAUGCGGAAGGAAAAAGUCAAACGAGAAGAAGUGGAUAGGCGAGUUAAGGAAGACCCCGAAAAAUAUUCCACCAAAUUCAACGAUGAAGCCAAAUCUUUGUGCCAACAGCUUCUCGCAAAAUCUAUUAAACUUCGACUUGGUUGUCGAAAUGGUCGUCAAGGGGCUCGUGAAAUAAAACUUCAUCCAUUCUUUAAUGUUAUCAAUUGGAAACGUUUAGAAGCUGGAAUGGUUGAACCACCUUUUGUUCCAGAUCCUCAUGCCGUAUAUGCCAAAGAUGUCCUUGAUAUUGAACAAUUUUCCACCGUCAAAGGUGUCAACAUAGACGAUUCCGAUUCAAAUUUUUAUACGAAGUUUAACACUGGCUCCGUAUCGAUAUCAUGGCAAACUGAAAUGAUCGAAACGGAAUGCUUCCGUGAGUUAAAUGUUUUUGGCAUUGAUGAAUGUCCAACACCAGAUUUAUUAAUAAAUGCUACCCCAGUUAUUGAAAAAGCUGGAUGUUUUCCAUUUCGAAGAAAGAAGCAACCAGCUAGAACUCAGCCCAUACCCAUUCCUGAACAUUUACUAACAACUAGUCACAGUGUAUCAUCGGCAACAGUUGAAAGCUGAUAGAAAUUAACCAAAUUAACUUCGGUGUUGUAUCAUUUAUCCUGAAAAAUCGAAAAUCAAAUUUUAAAACAUUUUGCAAAAUUCAAAUAGAAUCCAAAAAGAAAACAAAAACAAAAAAAUUAGAAGAAGAAAAAGAUGAAGAUAAAAAAAAAUUGAAAACAAAAGACUUUUGCUGCCAGGACAAAGGGAAGAAGAAGAAGAAUACUUUCAAAUCAAGCGAAUAAAUCGUGCAAAGAUAAAUGUGUUCUAUAAGUCUAUAUAUAUGUAUAAAUAUAAACAAAAAAUAUAAAAAAUAAAACUAAUGGAACAGCAAUUAUAAAUAAUAAGAAAAAAUAUUAUUUAAAACUUUCUAUGUGUCGAGAAAAACAAAAAAAAACAUAUUGUAUAACAAAAAAAAAAAAAAAAACAUUCAUUAUAUCCAUAAUCAAAUAGAACAUAAAAAUAUUGUAACAAACUCACAAAAAAAAAACAAAUAACUAUACGCAUAAACUAAAACCAUUUAUAUACAAAAAAAAAAAAAACAUGUAAUUGAAAAAACGCGCAAUUUUUGAAUCAA